CCGCACCCUGUCCCCCCGUUCGCACACUGCCCGAGCAGCGCCCGCCCGCCCGGCCCGCACGCUGCCGACACCUCGGCUGCACCCUGCCCGCACCCUCAGCGCACUGCCCGCACCCUGCCUGUACUGCCUGCGCUCUGCCUGCACCCUGCCUUCGCCUCGCGAGCACCCUGCCCGCACCCUGCGGGCACUCCGCACCCUGCCCGGCCCGUGCCCGCACCCCGUACGCACUGCGCGCCCUGCCCGCACCCUGCCGACACCUGGGCUGCACGCUGCCCAUGCCCUGCCCGCGCCCUGCCCGCGCCCUGCCCGCCCUGCCCGCACAGCCAUUUCCGCAGCCACAGCGGUUCCCCGCGCCUGCACCCGGCAGCGUCCCGGGCCAGCCCCGCGCUCCCCCGCCCCGGGCCCCGAGGGGGGCGGGGGGGGCACCGGGUCCCAGGGCACCGCGUACCGGGAUGCCCGUCGGGGUAGGCGGGGCGGGGCGGGGCGGGGCCGGGCGGAGCGGCGCGGCGGGGCGCGCACCCGCGAUGACCAUCGGCGGCCCCCGCGGCCGCCACCCCCGCUUCCAGAUGCCCUGUCUGCGCAAGAUGGAGCGGAUGAUCGUCAGCAUGCAGGACCCUGACAUGGGCAUCAAGAUGAGGAACCAGCGCUUGCUCAUCACCGUCAUCCCCCACGCCAUGACAGGGAAUGACAUCGUGGAGUGGCUCAUCCAGAAGUACGGCAUCUCCGAGGAGGAGUCGCUGCACCUCGGUAACCUCAUCGUGAAGCACGGCUACAUCUACCCUCUCAAAGACCCCCGCAGCCUGGUGCUGCGGGCGGACGAGUCACCCUACCGCUUCCAGACCCCCUAUUUCUGGACCAGCACCAAGUGGCCGGCCACGGAGCUGGACUAUGCCAUUUACCUGGCCAAGAAGAACAUCCGCAAGCAGGGGGACCUGAUCGAGCAUGAGAAGGACAACUACAACCUCCUGCACAAGCGGAUCAACCACACGUGGGACUUCGUUGUGAUGCAGGCGAGGGAGCAGCUCCGGGCGGCCAAGCAGCGGCGGAAGGGUGACCGCAUCGUCAUCGACUGCCAGGAGCAGGCAUACUGGCUUGUCAACCGGCCCCCGCCGGGAGCCCCCAACGUGCUGGAGCAGGGCCCUGAGCGCAGGAACUGCCACACCACCCGCGUCCAGCUGACCAAGAACAUGGAUUACUACAAGCGGGAGAUCGAGUACUGCAGGAAGGCCAUAGCCAGGACCAGGGUGAAGUCCUCCAUCUGCCUCGAGGGGUACAUCAAGUUCAACGAGCAGUAUGUGCCCCACGACCCCAUCAUGUCCGGCUGCCUGCCCAGCAACCCCUGGAUCACGGACGACACCACGUACUGGGCCAUGAAUGCCCCCACGGUGCUGACCCCCACAAAGCUGCGUGUGGAGCGCUGGGGCUUCAACUUCAGCGAGCUCAUCACUGACCCCCUCGGCCGGGCACAGCUCCUGGAGUUCCUCAAGAAGGAGUUCAGUGCUGAGAACCUGAGCUUCUGGGAGGCGUGCGAGGAGCUGCGCUAUGGGGAGCAGUCCCGCAUCCCUGAGAUCGUGGACUCCAUCUACCAGCAGUUCCUGGCUCCCGGGGCCACACGCUGGGUGAACAUCGACAGCAAGACCAUGGAGCGGACGCUGGAGGGCAUCAAGACGCCCCACCGCUACGUGAUGGACGAUGCCCAGAUGCACAUCUACAUGCUGAUGAAGAAGGACUCCUACCCACGGUUCCUCAAGUCGGAGCUCUACAGGAACCUCCUGGCCGAGGCUGUCAUCCCGCCGGAGACCAAGAAGCGGGUCUUCCCCUUCAUGCGCAAACAGCGGCACUCCAGCCCCAGCCCAGCCCUGCUCCUGCCUGCGGGUGACACCGAGGAGAAGAGCAGGGCCCCCCCGGCUGCCCCCGUCCCCGAGGAGGAGAGCUGAAGGCCCCGGCCCCCCACCAACUUGGUCCAGCACCCUCCAGCUUGGCCACAGCCCCCCACCCAGCACGCCCCAGCCCCGCCGCGGGACCCUGCCGGCAGUAGCACUGAAGGAGAGAAGCCAUACCCCCCCCCUCCAGCAACCCCCCAGGGCCAGGCUGGCCCCGCUGCAGCCCCCGCACCCUCUUCUCCCUCGGGGAGCCUGCACCCAGCCGGCCUGGUGCGGGGUCACCCCCUCCCCCCGCCCCCCCGGGCACAAG